AUGAACAAGAACCAAGAUGCCGUCGUGGACAUGUACGAGCAACUCCCGGUGCCGUACGGGCUUGUCCGCUAUGGCGUUGCGCCGGACCAUCCAGAGGUCAAGAACUGCCAGGACACAUUUGAGGAGGUCGCGCAAUCGCCGCGCUUCAACUAUAUUGGCAAUGUGAGAGUUGGACACGAUAUCGAGUUGGCCAAGAUGAAGCCCCACUACGACGCGAUACUGUUCUCAUACGGCGCAAGUGAAGAUAGGCAAUUGGGAAUUCCAGGCGAAGAUUUACCGGGUGUAUACUCAGCAAGGUCUUUUGUAGGAUGGUACAAUGCGCUGCCGCAGUUUCGGAGCCUGGAACCCAAUCUCCAAGCUGGCGAACAGGCAGUCGUCAUAGGGCAGGGAAAUGUGGCGCUGGAUGUUGCGCGCAUCUUGCUCAGCCCUGUUGACAGUCUACGGCAUACCGACAUCUCGGAGCAGGCUAUCCAGACGCUAUCAGAGAGUCGGGUGCGAUCUGUAAGGGUCGUUGGCCGGCGUGGGCCAAUACAGGCUGCCUUCACUGUCAAAGAGGCUCGCGAGCUCAUGAACAUCCCCUCCGUCGCCUUCGAACCAAUCGACCGCUCCUUCUACGCACCCGAGAUCAAAAAACUCCCCCGAGUACAAAAGCGGAUAGCUGAAGUCCUUCUCAAGGGUAGCAAGGCUAUUAAAGAGGAAGCGUCUCGGUCAUGGGCCCUUGACUUCAUGCAAGCGCCCAAGUCUAUGCACGCAGACGCCGGCCACCUGUCGUCAAUCGCCUUUACGAUACAACAAUUCGUCACCGACGCCAGUCCCUUCGACCAACGAGCCCGCGUCGCACCUACAAACGAAGAGACAUCGCUAGAGGCCUCGCUGGCUUUUAGAUCCGUAGGAUACAAGUCAACAGGUCUACCUGGUCUGUCUGACAUCGGCGUACCUUUCGAUGAGAAGCUCGGCAUAAUACCCAAUGACAUGCAUGGUCGUGUCAUCACACCAUCGGCAGGGCCUGGCAGCUUGACAGCUGGCCACGUUCAUGGGUUGUACUGUGCAGGCUGGGUCAAGCGUGGUCCGACCGGCGUCAUCGCCAGUACCAUGCAAGACGCUUUUGCAUCUGCAGACAUUAUUGCGCAGGACUGGGAGGCCGAUGUACCGUUUUUGAACGAUACCAGUGGCGACAACAGAAGCACGGGUCUCGGCUGGGAUGGCAUCAAAGAUAAUGUUACUAGUACUAGACCGCUGAGUUGGUCGGACUGGAAGAAGAUCGAUGAGGCUGAACGGGCCAGAGGCAAGAGCAAAGGGAAGGAGAGGGAGAAGUUCCAGAGCGUGGAGGAGAUGCUCAAAGUUUUGGAUGCAUGA